AUGUCACCUCCCGCUGAGCCGGAAGUGGUUUUCCCUGAUGACGAAGAGGAUGAGGGUGCUGAUGGUUCAGGUUACCUUAGUGACGACUCCGACGAGGGUGCUGAUCCGGUUAUGGCUGGCCUUGUUGCUGCUCAUAUUUGUUAUACGCUGACGCUCUUAAUCCCAGAUAAGCAUCUUGAUGAAGUUCCGCGUACGGCGGACUCAGUCAACGCUCACCUGUUUCACUGGAAGAAGGAGCUCUCGGCUGACGUGCUGUCAACAACAAAGUUCCAGAAGCUCCUGCCUACUUACCUGUCAAAGGAGCGGUUUGGUCGUAUUCAUGUUACCUUUCUCCAAGAGAAGGAUGCUGCUUUCGUUUGGAAACGCGCUGUUGCUCAUGACUGUAUUGACGGCACUCCUCUGAAGUUGAGCUGGCAGUUUCCUGAGAACGCAGAUUUCAUCCGUGCACGUUCUCUCCACCCGAAGGCUUUUGAAGUGUUGUUGAAGGGUGUUCCUGCGGAGCUGACUCCGGAGCGGAUCCGGAAGUUCCUGGUGAUGGUGUGGUUGGUUAAGAGGGGGAAGUCGCCGUUUAAGGAAGGUUAUGGCUUUCAUCGCGUGCAAGAUGCGGUUACUGGGAUGGAUACGGACAAGAUCAAGGGCCUCCUGGUGCAGCAUGAGAAUGACCCGUACCGCUGGCGUCACUUUAUCAUGGAUCCUGCAAUGAAUGGGAAGAAGCUGCUACUGCACUUUCCUUCACUCAACUGCGACUACUGCAACGGUCAUCACAUGACUCGCUACCACGACGACUACGUCACUGACCCGGCCUCACUGAAAGUCACGGACUCACUGAAAGCGAUCUUGCUGGAUCCGGCUCUUGUUCUCACCUCAACCGGCGGGUCCCGAGAGGAUUGGAUCUGCGUCCUCGAUGCCUGUGGCAAGGCGCACGGCAACAAUCUCGAACUUGCAGCGGCGCAUGUAGCCUCUGUUCGCCACACCACCAAUCUGACCACUGCGGGAGCGGCUACGCGCAUCAGCAAGGGUGCGAUCACUGUCGCAGCACUCAAGAAGGAAUUCCUCAAAUGA